AUGGGCUCCAAGAAGUACUUUGGCCUUACGGGCGACGCCCUCAACACCCUCAGAAUCAUUCUCAUCAUUGCGCCCAGUUUCAUUCUUUACGGCUACAACAUCGGUGUGGUCGGCGGUCUGCUCACCGAGGAGGAUUGGGUCAAGACCUUUCCCCAAAUUGAUACUGUCAACACAUCCGGCGCAGAGAAAUCUCGGAACUCGACACUACAAGGAUUCAUCGUUGCUACCUUCACUAUCGGCGCUACAAUCGGCUCUCUCUCAUGUUCCUGGACCGGCGAUAUCUAUGGACGUCGAAACAUUAUCUUUUUCUCCGGUGUUCUCACCUUGAUCGGUGAAGCCCUGAUGUGUUCUGCUUUCGGUCUGCCUCAGUUCACCAUUGGUCGUGUCAUUUGCGGUCUUGGCAUUGGUCAACUUAGCUCGAUUGUGCCCGUCUGGCAGUCCGAAACGUCCGCCGCAGCCAACCGCGGCCGUCAGGUUGUCAUGUCAGGAUGCUUUAUGUGCGUCGGGUAUAUGCUUGAGUCUUGGGUCGACUUCGGCUUCUUCCAAUUCCAUUCGGGCCCAAUCACGUGGCGCCCGCCUCUGGCCAUCGCCUGCUUCUUUUCGAUUGUCCUCAUGGCCUCCAUUUACUUCUUCCCGGAGUCGCCCCGAUGGCUAGUUAUGAAGGGCCGCUCCGAACAAGCACGAUCUGUCAUUGCAGUGCUGAAGUCGCUGCCAGAGGACUCUCUCGAAGUGCAGGCCGAAUUGUCCGGCAUCGAGUACUCUCUCGAAGAAACCAAGGGCUCUGCGGUGUCAAUGAAGGAUAUGCUGAAGAACGGCGAAGACAAGCUGUUGUAUCGCUUUUUGCUUUGCAUGGGUCUCCAGUUCUACCAGCAGAUGUGUGGUUCCAAUUUGGUCAGCGUUUACGCGCCGAUUCUAUUCCAGCAAAAUUUGGGCAUGUCCAGCCAACAAUCUCGCAUCAUGUCUGGCGGCACCCUCACCUGGAAGUUCCUCGCCUCUUUCAUCGCCUUCUUCACUAUCGAUCGUUUCGGCCGUCGAGCUGCCUUCAUUGUCAGUGGUAGUGGCAUGUCCAUUUGUAUGGUUGCCCUCGCUGUGUCCACGUCCUUUGGUAAGGACAACUAUGCCGCGCAAAUCUCUGCCGCUUUCUGGAUCUUCCUCUACAACACCUGGAUCCCGAUUGGCCUCAUGGGAGCCAACUACCUCUAUUGUACCGAGGUCGCCCCCUUGCGCCUGCGCAUGGCCAUGUCCUCUAUUUCGACCGCCAACCACUGGCUGUUCAACUUCCUGGUCAUCAUGGUCACCCCCGUGGCCAUCAACAGCAUCGGGUACCAAUACUACAUUGUUUACGCCGUCAUUGCCUUCACCUUCCCCAUCGUAGUUUGGAUGUGGUUUCCCGAGACGACAGGCCGCAACCUUGAAGAGAUUGACCUUCUGUUCCGCGAGUCGCCUUCAAUCUGGGCCACGGUCAAAUAUGCCAAGACUCGGCCCAUUGCCAUGCCGCAGGAGUUCAGGUCAGAGAAGGACGAGAAGGCAGCACACCUCGAGGAGGCCUAA